GGAAGAAAAUGGAGGCGAGUUUAGUUCAAAAUUACAACGAAAGUACAACGACAACGUUGUAAAGCGUUGAGAUGUAAAAUUAAAGGUCUAUUCCAACACAGGGUCAUUCAACCAGCUGCAGUUUCGAAAAUAUCAUCUCGACACGUAUCCUAAAUGGCUGAACAGGAAUCUACAGAUUUAGAUUUGAAGGAAGACUGCGAGAAAAGGAAGCUUCAAGACCAGGAUCCCGAUUAUGAGUCUGUCUCAGACUACCCGGGGGCAAAGCGGCAGAAAAUCCUGCAGGAGGACGCCAAGGAAUCUACGAUAAAAAAGAUUGCAUCUAUUGUGAAGAAGCAGUUUGCAGUGGAACUGGAAAAUAAAGAACAGGAGAUUCACAACGUGGAUAAGAGAUUGCAUGAAGCCAGAGCAAUGUUGGAUAGAUUGCGAGCUUGCCUUGUAAUCAACUACUACAUGAAGGCUACACCUACACAGUCGUCUAUUCCGUCAGUGCAUCCAGCAGUGAAAAAACACAUUGGCAAAGCGCCAGUGAGCACGCGAAGUCAUGGGACUCAUUCGGAUCCGCCUUCGGCCCGUGCCUGCACUAUAGCAGAGACACGCGAAAUGACCACCGAAAACAACGACCAGACUACAUCUGCCAACGAAGCAAUCUUGAAACCCGCUCAGGAACCUGCAAGUCACGAUCAGUGUCCACCAUCACUGCAAGCCAGCGAGGAAUCCGCGGCGGCAGAUGUCGGCGAAGCGUCAAGCAGAAGUUCGGCAUGCAGUGUCGUCGAGGCGACGGCGUUGGAAAACCAGGAGGAAGGAAAGAAAACGAGGCGGCCUGCGGUGCGGAACCUGAGAGAGAGCAGGCAGGAUGAGAGAGCCGAUGAGCUGGUUUCUAUCGUGAACUUGGUGAAGCCAGUGAGAACUGUGGAGACGAUGGCCGAGAAUCGGCUGUCACGCUUCAAACUUAAGAAACGCAUCAUCAUUGGAAACGUUUCCAAGUACAUUCCACCGGAUCACAGGGAGGGUAGUGAUCAAUCAACGCACAAGUGGAUGGUGUAUGUACGUGGCACGCGUGAGCAGCCAGACAUAAGUGCUUUUGUAAAGAAGGUCUGGCUGUUCUUGCACCCGAGCUAUCGACCGAAUGACUUUGUUGAAAUGAGUCAGCCACCAUUUCAUCUGACAAGGAGAGGCUGGGGAGAAUUCCCUGUCAGAGUUCAGCUCCAUUUCUGGGAUUCGAGAAAUAAACGAGUUGAUGUCCUUCAUAAUUUGAAGUUAGACAAAACAUACACAGGACUUCAGACAUUGGGAGCAGAAACAAUAAUUGACAUCGAGUUGGAAAAGCCACUUCGCGACCACAAGGAAACAAAUUCAUCUUCUGACGCCACCGGAUCACGACAGAUCGAAGCUGACUCGCGAGACGGCCUGCCUCUUAGCGAAGUACCAUCCGAGAAUAGUUUGGCGAUUGAGCCGGCGAAUCGUGGUGGCAUAGAAGAUAUGCCGCAGGGCUCCACACAGCACUCCACGAUGAGCGCCAACGAUGUCGACGUGUCAGUGAGCACGUUGCAAGGUUCCAGCCGCGUGGAAACGCCCGCAUCCGAAACCUGUUUGGCAGUCGGCGGCAAGGGAAUCACGCCGCCGCUCGAAAUCAAUCGAGAACCUGGGGUCGACGUCCCACAUGACUCAGCGGAGAGCGCUGCGUCUCGGAAAACGGAAAGUUCCCGACCUGCCGAGGCCUGGUCGCAUUCUUCGGAAAUCGUAAGCUCCUCGGAAAUCGGACGCAUCAAGCGAGAACCGGGGAUCGACGUCGCUCACGACUCAGCGGACAGCGCCGCGUCUCGGAAAAGUUCCAGGCCUGCCGAGGCGCGUCCUUUGGACGUAAGCUCCCCUGAUCCGCACGCGAUAAAACGCGAGGUCGUCGCCGCGCCUCCGCGGAACACGUCGCAGGUCUCCAACGAUGCGAACCUUCUCCGUAGCGAAGAGCGGCCGGCGAUCGACGUUACCAUGGUAACGGAUGACAGCGAACGACGGGAGGGUGAGGAUGUUGAGCAGUCAGGCUCCGCAUCGCAACCCGGAGCCGUGGGUGAUGACCCUGGUUCUCGUGAGUCCCUGCGCAACAACACGGGCACGCGCCAGCCGAACGAACAUGCGGGUGUGGGUGCGCCAUUCGUCGCCUGUGAGGUGGCGGCGAGCGAGGGAGGACAGCCCGAUCAGACCGGUUGCAUCACACCUGUUUUGCAGCUGACUGCAAGCCCCUCACGAGUGUUGAGUUUGGUGACUGCUACGCACUUUCCCUCUGCUGCUAUCCAGCAACAACAGCAGCAGCAAAAACCUCAUCAGCAGCAGCAGCAACAACAACAACAACAACAACAGCUACAGCAGCAGCAGAAACCUCAGCAGCAGCAGCAACAACAACAGCAACAGCAGCAGCAGCCGCGCUCGGCAAUAUUCACACAGAGUCUGCUCAAGUCGUCUGUGACGUGUCAGCGUCUUGUCGCUCCCACUGGCCAGCCAGCCGCUUUGUCCCCAGACCGCCCGCAAACCUACAUUCGCUGUGUCGACAAGCUAGGUAGGGUUGUUCUUGUCCCCAGGUCAGCAAUCCUCGUAAAAUCACAGGGUACCACGAAGACGAGUCUAGCUGCACUCACGCGCACCGCUGUGAACACUCACCCAAUCACCUCUCCUGUGAACACUCCAACAAUUUGCUCUGCUAUGAACACACACAGGAUUGCCUCUGCCGUGAACACUCAGGCGAACACCUCUCCCGCGAACGCUCAGAAGAUUUGUGCUGUCGUCAACGCUCACGCGACUGCUUCCAGUGUCAAGUUGGCGAAUCCCUCUUCACGUACGAGCACCCAGUUAACUUCCGACGUUGCCGCGGCGCUUCGAGAUGAUCCCUCGAUGCGUGCGGCGUCCAAACUUCCGUGCGGCGACGUGCAGCUCAGGUUUGGUCCACUCAGGAACGGCGUCACAGGCAUGAGUUCGCGCCCCGUCAUGAUAAAGCUGGUGCAGGGUCAACAGAAGCUGCUCGGCACACGCGAACAGCUCGUGAUGUUUCGUCGCCCGCCCCCGCUCGCGGUAACGGGCCACGCGGACUCCGUCGCGAAGCAAAUCGGUAGGCACUCGCUCCAGCUGGCUGGACUGAGGCCUUCCGCAAGCCCCCUGCAGGCUAAACAUUCGACUGGUGUGUCGACGUACGCACAGGUUGCAGUUACUGAGGGUAGCGACGGGAACAAUGAUGAUGAGAUAGUAGGAGAGUUACCAGACACGAUAGAACAUUUGUCCACACCAGAACAGCUGCUGAACUACAUCGUUAAGAAGCAUCCGCUAAUUAGUGCUAAUUCAGAUCGGAGGUCCCGCCCGUGGUCUGUCGAUAGCUUUGAUGCAUUCGCUCGCUGGAACCUCGGAAAGAGAAGAGCGGCAGAGUGGCAGCGAGCGUGCUCGGUCCGACACAUCCUACAGAAGCUGUCGUCGACACACGAGCGAUUUCAACCCGCAGCUCACUGGAGCAGAAAGUACAUCAUGGUCUGGUGUCGGCAGCACUGCUACACGCCUCGCAUUACAGAGGUUCAAGCUACACACGAAGCAGAUCGAAGUCUCGUUCCUCAGGACCUCAGCAGUUACAGUGAUGUUACGCCUCUUCUAGCUCAACUAGAAAAGCUGCAGACAUCUGCAAGCAAACGCCAGAGAGCUGACGAUAGCGUGGAUGUGAUAAUAGAUAUUGUCGGCCUGUCCCCAGGCAAAACUGCGAUUACACCGUUAGAAGCCAAGCCGACGGCCGCGCAGCAGUUGGAACAGGUGGCUCCGUCUCCCUGCGCCGAAUACAUCACGGAACAAUGCGAGAAGAUUGGCGUCAAGUUGAGAGCCGUAGAAUUGGAGCCUGGGGUGGCGUCGCCGGCAGUAGCUGAGAUGAUGCGUUCGUGCGCGCAGCAGUUUGCCGACAACCUCCUCAGGAAGGCUGCUGCUGCGACGUGUAAGAGCGUGCCCGGUCUACGGCAUGCGAGAGAAGUGACGUGUGCUGACCUGUUCAGGGCUCUCGACACAGAACCCAGCUUCGACUUUCUGACAAACAAGUAUCUUGGCAUCAGCGAGGCAGAGCUGAACUCGGCAGCAUUGGGCAACAUGAGUUGAUAUAGGCGUGGUGUAUGCGACACACAACAACAUCCGCAUCCAAUUCUCCCCCGAUGUUAACUCCGCGCAUCAACCAAGGAACUCGUCUGAGACGUCGUAAAUUACUUUGACUGUCGUGAAUCGUAACUUUUACACGGCGCUUCACUGCAAAGGUUACGACGUGCUCGACUCGUGACGUCAGAGGUCUUAUGGCGUGUUUCUGACAGUGGGCUGCAGUAGCGUUACAGCUAGUCAUGUGCCAGGUAUGGUGUGAUCAUGAGCAAGAAGUGCAUUCCCGUAUGAAAACGAUGCAAAGACAGAAUAAAUAGAUCAGGACGAAAACUGUUGCUGUUCUGUGAUUCAUCUUUAAUUAUGCUUGAUAUCAAUGUCAGAUGAAAAAUCAGUUCAAAUCUUACAUGUCCUAUAGUUAAUUCUACCAGGGUAAACACUUGCAGAGUUAGUGGAGGUAGGUAAUGGGACGUGCUCAGUGUAUUGCUGUUGCCGAAUCUUCAGCUAUAAUCUAAAUCAACCGUGCUUUGGCUGUUUGGCCACAUCUAAAAUACGAAAUCGUUUUGAUAUGAUUUUGAAAAUGUCACCACGUCUUACGAUUAUGAAUUUAUGUGGAAUGCCAUUAGAGGUACGUUCUUUUGUGUAGCUCUAAACGAUUUGUCUUGUGGCAUUUCCAAACGAAAUACAUAUUAAUUUUGUAAAGUA